AUGUCCGACACUCCCCGGACCGCACAAGAACAACAAACGCCACAUACGUGUACUAGUAGCUCCAAAGAGCUCGAAGCGGGGCAACUCUACGCUGUACUGGCAAACGAAUUCGGGCUAGGAAGCUGGGCUUUCUUCGUGCCCAAUCCUGCAGUGUUGCCAAUAGGCACUUCAGGCACGGUAUUCUUUCUCCUAGACAGGUACUCGGCCAACAAAUGGAUGUUCAUGACUGAAAAAGUGACAAUGUUUUUAACCUCAUCGAUCCCUAUCGCCAUUCUGGGCCUCGCCAAUGUUGGAUUUCUCGGCGAAUACCAAGUUAUCGUUGAAACUUUGCAAUUGAUACUCAAGACGGUGUCUAUCCCUCGGAAAACUACGAUAGACUUUGAUUCCAGAACAUGGUUUUUGCAGGCUGUUCGUGUCCUAGACGACUGUGGUGUUGUACAAUGCGAAGACUCGGGCAUGUUAGAGAAAGAGAUGAAGACUUGCCAAAUGGACGCUCUGUUCAGGUUCAGAUCCCGGCACGGUUGGAAAGCUGGAGUUCUGACAUCUUUUAAUGCUAGUAAUCAGCAAGCUAUGGGUAUCACACCUGUAAAGACAGUCGUCCAAGCUACAUCAUUCCCAUCCUAUCCUAAAGACCUGGAUCCAGAACAGUUGUAUAUUGUACUUACCUACCGUGGUGAACUGGCAUUGUGGAACUGGUCGUUUUUUGUUCCCGAUCCAUCAGUGUCUCCGGUGGGCAGUGCUGGGACUACAUUUCGCGUCGUAGACCCUGAUCUAAAAGGAUCGUGGAAAUUCGAUAUUCAGAAGGAAGGCGUGAUAUCAUCCUCACCACUAGUCGUCACCAUUGUGCGCCUCGCUGAUAUCAGCAUAUUAGGCGAUUACAGGAAUGUUGUGGAGGACGUCCUGGUGUCAAUGUUCACGUCCGUUCAUAUACCCACAGAAGCUUCGACGGAGUUCAGUUCUCAGCGCUGGUGUAUGGAUGCCAUUCACGCAUUACAUGACUUCGGCGUUAUCGUCGUGGAUCGUGGACUGUUCGAUCAGUUAGGAAAAGAGAUAAAAAGACAUGGCUUUGAUGCUAUGGCAAAUUAUCUUGAAAAUAAAGGUCGUGAUAUUUUAAUCGUGAUCACAAAUGUCUGUAGAUCUGACGAGUUUUCAAAUGUAGGUUGGACUUAUUAUCAAGCAGAGAUGUGCUCAUAG